GGGAAAUCCACUCGAGUUCAACCUUUCCACGCCAGCACCGACCUCCGCAAUGGCAAAGACCGCGGCCAAAUUGGGAAUCCUGGAUACCGCUGGCAACGACGACCAUGGCUUGGAGCUUCGCAUCAACGAAUCUUUUGCCAAGAAGUACCAUGAGAAGAAACGGAACGAAGAGCUGAAAAACCUGAAGAAUGUGGACUUGAGCGACGACGACGACGAAUCCGACUCGGAAACAGACGACGAAGAUGGCGACCAAUUGACCGAGGAACUGGACAAGGACAUUUCUCGAACGCUCAAGUUAAUCCGCAAGAAGGAUCCAUCCAUCUACGACUCGUCUAUCACGUUCUUCCAACCUGAAGUCGUCGACAGUGACAGUAGUGACGACGACAGUACCAAAGCGACCUCCUCGUCCACAAAGAAAAAGGCUGACAAACCGUUGUACUACAAAGACUUGGUGCGUCAACAAGUGCUCGCCGGUGAUGUCGACGGGUCGGACGAGUCUGACGACGACGAACCUGCCACAACCUCGUACGCAGAAGAUCAAGCACGCCUCAAGGGUGAAUUCCUUCAGAGUUUGGCUGCUUCUGGUGUCGACGAUGACGAUGAAUUGGACGGUGGAAUCUUUACGAAGAGGACCAAGACGGCCGCGGAGAAAGAGGCCGAUGACAACGAGUACAAAGCGUUCAAAGAAUUGCAUGGCCACGAGAUCGAGAACCCGGAUGACUUUUUAAACAAGUACUUGAAGAGCGGAGUCUGGAAAGAAGGCGCCAAGGCGACGCGCGGUCGGCCGAUCGAGGACGACCAAGCAGUGGACGACUCGGAGGACGAAGAAGCGCUGGACAAGGCAGAUGCGUUCGAACACGCAUACAACUUUCGAUUUGAAGAAGAAGGUGGUGGACAGAUCCAAACGUUCUCGCGACACAUUGACGACUCGCUCCGUCGCAAGGACGACAAACGUAAAAUCGCCCGUGAAGAACGGAAGGCGCGCAAGGCAUUAGAGCGCCUGAAAAAAGAGGAGGAGCUGCGACGGUUGAAGAACCUCAAACAAGCUGACAUUGAAGCCAAGCUUGAAAAGGUUCGCGCACUCAUGGGUGACGAGAACAGCAAGCUGACUGCCGCCGACAUCGACGGCGCAUUCGACCCCGCGGAACACGAUCGGCGCAUGGCCGAAGUGUUUGACGACGAAUACUAUGGCGAAGACGACGGUGAAAAGCCCACGUGGAACGACGACGACGAAAUAUUUGGCAAGCUGCCAGAGGACCCAGAAGAAGUUGAGGAAGCCGACGUGGAAGAAGAUGCCGAUGACGCCAUGGGUGAAUUCGACGAAGGUGAUCCGAACGAGCGCCAGGACGAAGUAAAUGCUGCGGACGACGACGACGGGGAAGAUGCCGAUGAAGAGGCCAUGACGACGAUGACUCAGGCGGAAUUGGACGCCAAGAAGAAGCAGUAUUUGGACGAACUGUACGCCCUCGACUACGAAGACUUGAUCGGGGACCUUCCAUGUCGAUUCAAGUACCGCGAAGUGGCGAAGAACAAUUAUGGUCUUACGACGGAGGAUAUUCUGUACGCCAACGACCAGGAGCUCAAGGCAGUCGUAUCGCUGAAGCGACUGGCUCCGUUUGCGGACCGUGAACAUUCCGUGAACCGCCGCAAAGUGCAGCAGCUGCGUAAAACAGUCAAGGAGCGAACUGGCAAGUCGAAGAAAACCAUCGAGGAGAACACUGAACCACCUGAGGCCGCAAGUGGCGACGCUUCCACGUCGUCCAAGAAGAAGCGAAAGCGCAAGGGCAAGAAGGCAGUUGCCAAGGCGGACGACGAGAUUCUCACGGAACCCACUGCUGACCAGGAAGUGGACAACGACGACACGACCGCCCAUGACGGUGCUGACUCCGAAGCUGCCGCUCCGUCCAAGAAGAAGCGAAAACACAAGAAGAAGGGCAAGAAAGCGAACGCACCUGAUGCCGCUACCCCCGCAGCAAGUCUCUCAGCAUCCCGAUUAGAAUCGUAUCGGUUGAAGCCCCUCAAGAAGUAACUCGUGGUUCCAUCAUGUCCAUCGCUCCAGGCGCGAUACGCGCCUCGAAUUUACGAACUUCGACGAUGCAGGUUGCAGUGAAAAAAAUAGCAUCAUUGCUGGCGAUAAUAUUAUUGAAAUGCGUUAGUAUAAAAUCAC